AUGCAGCUCAAAGCACAACAGUCCAUUUGGUCCUCACACUGUGGCAUCGUAUCUCUCAAUCCACAGAUCCACAUCACUAGCCUCUAUGUCUCCUCGGAUGAUCGGGCCAUCUUAUGCAAAGUACCUCACCCCAACAAUGUAUUUCCGUCCUUCACCAUUAUGAACGUUUAUGCUCCUGCUACCUUCCACCAACACUAUGCCUUCUAUGCUAAUUUACUAUGCUCGGAUUACUUUCAAGCCCUACUAACAAAUAUGACUACUGACAAUCCUUUAACCUCAGCACAUCCAGACAUCAUCGUGGGCGAUUUCAACUACAAUUUCACCCAAUUCCCAUCACAUACUAUUCCGGAUUACUCACCAUCAGUCCUCGAAUUUUUAUCCUCUGCUUAUGCUACACAAGAUCCAACAGAAGCGCCUCUCGAUCCAGACUCUCAAUUCGUAAUGCCGCAACUAGAUCAACAUCCCACACCACUCGUUCGCAGCCAAUGGAUUUGGCACGGAGUACUGCUACACCACUGCCGUGAAGUCUCUCACAAGCUCCAAACAGAUCCCCCUAUCCCCACAUUCCGCCGCGAGUCCACCUCCACAACAAUUGACUGUAUGUUCAUCUCGACCGACCUAGCUCCACUUGUCAGAAAUUCGGAUAUUCAAUUCAUUUCUCGUACCUGGACAGAUCACGCUCUGUUACGGAUUGAUCUCCAAUUUACAUCCAAUACACAUGGCACAGGUAUCUGGAAAGCCAACCCAAAUCUUGCUCAAAAUGACUACUUCAUCACCCAAAUACACUCAGCACUCGAUGAAUUACAUGCCAAUUUAGCAUCAUAUACAGAACCUCCUCCAGUUCAAAUAUCAUGGGAUGAAAUUAAGCGACUCACAAUCAGCCUCGCCAAGAAGAUCAGCCGACACAAAGCUUGCUGGCGUACACAACAUUUGAAGCAAUUUCAAAGGAAAAGGAACAAACUCAUUAAAUCCUAUCGAGGCCAAAAGGCCAUAGCCACCCAGAUCCUGAAGGUUGAACGUCUCAUCAACAACUUGCAAGAGGAACUCGUCGAAGUUGCAGCUCUACGCUCUGGCCUGCGCUGGAGAGAACAGGGUGAAAAAUCAGCGGGACUUAUGAAGCGACUCACCACACAGCGUACCAAUCGCAGAUCCAUUGACACACUAUAUCACCCGGACACCAAUGAAUUAUGCAACCAACCAGACGAUCUACAAGCAGCUGCCCAACGCUACUAUGAAAUCUUAUAUACACCCGCUCCGGUAGAUCACUCAAAUAUUUCAUACUUUACUAACCAAAUCCCACCUUCCGACAGACUCUCCAAUACCUCUCAUGACUCUCUCUGCGCUCCCUUCACUCCCGAGGACCUCAGUGAUGGAGCUUUCCGCUCUCCCAACAAAAGUAGUCCAGGUAUGGAUGGGCUCCCUUAUGAAAUCCUUAGUGUACUGUUCCAGCAUCCAGCUACAUUGAAAAUGGCUCUUCAGGUGUAUAAUGAAGCACUUUCCAUUGGCAUCUUUCCACCUUCGUGGCAACAAACCUGUCUGAUCCUUCUACCCAAGAAAGGGGAUUUGUCUCUCUUGAAAAAUUGGCGACCAAUCUCUCUAAUCAACACGGACGCUAAGAUUUUUACCCGCUUAAUUAACCAUCGACUUACGACACACCUAGGAUCCAAACUUAGCACUACUCAAAUGGGGUUUAUGCCACAACGAUUCAUUGGCGAACAAGGUUUGAUCGUUCAAUGUAUGCAGGAAAUCGCCACCAAGACCGGCUCAACUACAAUCGCUCUCCUUCUCGAUCAAGAGAAAGCUUACGACCGAGUUCACAUAGAUUAUCUUCGCGCGUGCAUGGAAGCCUUCAACAUACCGCCCACACUUACUACUGCCAUCACCUCACUAUUCUCUUCAACCACUAGUACCGUGAAUGUCAAUGGCUUCCUGUCACCUUCCUUUCAACAAGGCCGAGGUCUACGUCAAGGCGACCCACUCAGUCCACUACUCUUUAACAUUGCCUUCGACCCACUGCUUCGUGCUAUAAACAAUCACAGCAACAUCACAGGUUUCCAUUUACCCCUUGAAACUAAUCAAUCUAUGUCUAUGCCCUCCCCUCCUCCCAUCAAAGUUUUAACAUACGCGGACGACACCCUUGUGGUCCUCCGGAAUCCCACAGAAUUUGAACACCUCCAAGACAUCAUCAACCGAUAUAUGGCCUCAUCUAAUGCAUAUCUCAACUACAGUAAACCCAAGCACUCUCGUUAUCAGGUAAACCGCAUCCACACUGGAUUUCUUUCCUCCAAGAUCAGGGUAUCACCUCAUGGCACGACCGCACCGCUACCGAACCACUCACCUAUCUAG